AUGAAGGUAGACCUUACCAAGCUGGCCGACAAGAUGCUGCGCACCCCCAAGUGCUCCCGGUGCCGGAACCAUGGGUUCCUGGUGCCCGUAAAGGGCCACGCGGGCAAGUGCCGCUGGAAGCAGUGCACCUGCGAGAAGUGCUACCUGAUCACCGAGCGCCAGAAGAUCAUGGCUGCGCAAAAACUGCUCAAGAAGCAGGCCUCCGAGGAGGAGCAGGAGGUGGCCCUGGGUGCGCAGGGGCCCCAGCUGGCGUCCGGGCCCGCGGCCGCCGUCCUGGGCUCAAGCUUCCGCCCGCUGCCUCCGCUGGCCGCUUCGGGAGACGGGCAGCCGGGCCCAGAGGGCCGCGCGGCCCCCGGCUUCCCGGAGAGACCCCCGCGGGGCCCCAGCCCCGGCCCGAGCGCCUUCCAGCCAGUUCUGGGCGGCCGCGGCCACGUGGGGCCAAGAGAACGCGCCGCCGCCGCCGCGGUCCUGUCCGGUUCUCUGGGGCCCCAGCUCGGGGCGGAGGCCGCAGGCCGGGGAUUUUCCGGCCGCCUGGAGCUGCGCAGGCCUCUGCGGCCUGUGCCCAGCCCGCCGUUCGCCGACUUCGGGCUCCCUCUGAGCCUCAACUCGGAUUAUGUGGUGGGGUCUGAGUACCUGGAGAGAGAACCAUCUAAGCUGUACCCAAGCUGCACCAGCAUGCACCCCUACCGCCCGUUCCCGCUGGGCUAUCAGGAUGCUCCCCCGACCCCGGGGAUCCCCCUGCAGCGGGGCUUCCGCCAUGUGCCCUGCAGCUAUUACCAUGGAGGAGGCUUGGUGGGAGAGCCCGUGGGAGACUUCCACCCAGGCGGCUACUACCCGCCGCCGCCACCGCCACCGCCGCCUCCACCCCCGCCGCCGCCGCCGCCGCCGCCACCGCCACCACCACCGCCGCCGCUGCAGCCUCAGUUCCUGCCGCCCGGCUUUCUCUCCGCGCUGCACUUCCUCCCGCCGCCGCCGCCGCCGCCGCCCCCAUCGUCCUUCUCGCUGAGCCUCCUGUCGGACGCGGACAAUGAGAACACGGAUGACCAGGAUGCGGAGCAGCCGUGCCCGCCCCGUCAGCCGUCGCCCCAGGAGCAGUCUGACUAGGCCCAGGCCUCCAGCCCGCAGCCUGGAGCCUUGGGGGGCUAGAGCAGUGCUGUUCUCGACUGUUCAGUGCUGGGCAGGGCGGGAGGCUAGUGGUAGGCAUAAGAUAGCAGUUCAUUCCCAUGUCAAGAAUAGGAGGAGAGGCGGGUGAUCGCGGAGGUUCUCAGUCCAGAGCUGGAGCUGGGUGGCGUGGAAGAGGAGCAGGGCAGAUGAAGUCACCAGGACAGGGACGGGGCUCUGAGGAGGGUAAGGGGCCGGUGGAAGCUCACAUUUCGGAAUGAAUUGAACCAUCUCUGGGUUGUGCGCCUGUGAGCAGACUCACCCCCAGAGGCAGCCUUUGAUUUCCUCAGGUCCAGCUCCAGAACAGGAGGCUCUGUCUGCUCCAGCCUCCUGCUGCCGCUGCCUCUGCCUGGUCCCCAGCUGGGGGCAGCACAGACACCAGGCCUUCAGCACAUCCAGGUGGAUGGUGCGAGCCGCCAGGACCAGGGCUCUGCAGCGGCCUUCCUUGCUGCCCCGUCCCCUGCCCCUCACCCCUUCUCCAGGGGCCGUAGCAGUAAGCGUUCUGCCUGCCAGGGCAGCAUCACCUCUCCUCCAUAAAGUUUAAGCCAUUA